UGAUUUAUUUAAGUUUGGAGUAACAUAUUUCCAUCCUAACCAUCCUAACCAUCCUAGGAAAAGACCUAGAAUUAUACGUCUAUGUGUUUGGCAUCCAAGGAAAAGACCAGGCUUCCAUAUUUCCAUCCUAGUGUCUUCCCCAGUUUUCAAUUGAAUUAUUGAAGACCUAGAAUUACUAGAUUGGGAAUUCGUCUUCCAACUCGUCCCAAAAGGUAUUGAUUCAGUACCUAUUCCAUUUUCUAGGUUAAGUUUGAUUCCAUGUUGUUAGUUGUCGCUCGUAUGUGGUAAACAGUGAGAGAGGCGUAUUUUUUUGACUGCAUUGUUAGUUUAUACACACAUUCAGAGUUGAACAACAGUACUUCAAAGAAAUCAAAGCCCAGUGAUUCGUUGACUCUGAGGGCUCAAAUCAUGAGCAUUAUCAGUGAGUUGUGCAAGGAAAGUUGCCAAGUCCAUCGGGCAAGGGUAUGAAAAUGAGUUGGAUGCACAGAACGAUUCGGACAGCAGCAGGGUGUCCUCGCCUCACUAGGUUCACUUUCCAUCCCCCUAAGAUGGUUGAGGUGGAGUUCGAAAAUGGUAGUUUGUAUCAUCUGUCAGCUGAAUAUCUCAGAAUUUAUAGCCCAGCAGCUGAUAGUAAGAUCCGUUCUAUUGGGGGUGAAAAGGUGAUAUGCGGGAGACGCCAUGUCGGGAUGAUGUCAGCAGAGCCAAUAGGAAACUAUGGCGUGAGGUUGCUGUUUGAUGACAUGCACAAGACAGGUAUCUUUACAUGGGAGUACUUGUUCCGUCUUGGGAGCAACAAGUACUCUCUCAUGAGAGAUUACAUCAAAAUCCUCAAGAAGCACGGACUAAGCCGCGACCCACGACCACUUGUUAGAAGAACCAAGUGACUGAUAAUGUGAGUGUGGUGGAAAUUAGAAAAGAAUCUUAUAACUGCAUAUAUAUCUGCUCUCUUGCUUGGGUGUUAUCUCAAGUACAAAACUAAAUUAAAGAAAUGGUGAUAUGAUGAUAUGAAUCCAUUUUACUUAAGAGUUAAUCAUUCUCUACAAUGACUGCAUAGCGCCAUAGCAUGUGUUGGGUAUUUAUGUAAGUGUGAAAUACUAUUUUUUGUAUUUUAUAUUUUAUAUUACUCCGUAUUAAACUACAAAAAUGGGAUCUUUCAA